AUGCAGGCAAUGCAAGCAGCGAAUCGACUCCAGCGGGCUCUCCGCACCGAGCGCGGAUUGUCCUUUGGCGCGUGGCAGAUGCUUCCUGGCGCGAACCAUGCGCGGUUCAUGGCUAGGACGGGGUAUGAUUGGAUCUGUGUGGAUACGGAGCAUGGGAAUAUCGCUGAUUGGCAGAUGCAUGAGGCUGUGGCUGCUAUUGCUGCUACGGGGGUAAGUCCCAUUGUACGGAUUGCUGCGAAUGAGGGGUGGAUGGUGAAGCGGGCCUUGGAUGCGGGCGCUCAUGGAAUCGUCGUUCCUCUGCUGUAUACCGCUGAUGAUGCCCGGAGGUUGGUGGAGUCUGCCAAGUUCCCACCUGUUGGCCGGAGAGGCUUUGGGAGUCCCUUUGCCAUGGGCUCUAUUGGUGGUGUUUCUUCGGUGGAAUAUCUCCAAGGGGCCAACGAUGCGCUGCUCACCAUUGUGCAGAUUGAGACUAAGGAGGCACUUGAGAAUGUGGAGGAGAUUGCAAAGGUCCCCGGCAUCGAUGUGCUGUUCAUCGGACCCUGGGAUCUGGGAAACAAUAUCGGCCGCCCUGUCACCGGCGCAUUCCAUGAAGACCUCGAGGCUGCGAUUGAGCGGAUCCGCAAGGCUGCGGUCGAUAACGGAAAGAGGGCCGGUAUCUACUGCGUUGGUGGUGCGGCUGCAAAGAAGUACGCCGACCAGGGUUUCCACAUGAUCUCCGUCGUCGCCGAUGCUGUCGCUUUGCCCACGUUCCUUGCGGAUGCCCUUGAAACUGCCAAGGGUAGCAAGACGGAUGCCGCCGUUCCCACCUACUAG